AUACCUAUACAUAGGUACCUACAUUUGAUAGUUCCUCAUACCAGGCUGUCAGGGCCUAAUGGAAGAAACAACAAAAAUACUUCCAAGUCCACGUCCUAUUUUUAUUACGUGUCGGUACAAGUAUCAUGCCAUCUGCCCAUGUCACCACAUGUCUUUCUCUUUCUUAAGUACCUUAGGUAGUCUUUCUUGGUUUACAUUCACUUUUCAUUUUCUUCUUGCAACCAAUCUUGACUAGACCUACACUCGCUUUUACUUAGCUCUAUCUUUGCUUUGCUUUGCUGCGUCAGGCCGACUUUCUCUCUUUUCAGCCUGAAUCACUGCACUUACCUGACCCUCCAGCUGUGGCCACCUAAAUAAUUUCGUAGCCCGGGAGAACAGAAACUUUUAUUUAAGUCGAGAAAUCCUAAGCGUUCUCAACAUCACCUAGGAACAUUCCAAAUACUCGGUAUAUCUUCCUAAUACCUAAGUCGACCACCAUGCACGCCGUCGCUUCUCUUCUUGCCUUGGCCUCCACGGCCUCGGCCAUCCAGGGAUUCAACUAUGGCUCUACCUUUACCACAGGUGCUGCCAAGCAACAGUCUGACUUCGAAAACGAGUUCACUACCGCUCAAAACCUUAAGGGUACUUCUGGUUGGACCAGCGCUCGUCUCUACACUAUGGUGCAAGGCGGAACUGCUUCUGAUCCGAUCUCUGCCAUUCCUGCAGCCAUCAAGACAAAGACCACUCUUCUUCUCGGUCUUUGGGCGUCUGGGGGAGACACUUCAUUCGCUAACGAACUUCUCGCCUUGAAGGCCGCUAUCAAGCAGUACGGAGAUGAUUUCGUCAAGAUCGUAGAUGGUAUUUCUGUGGGUAGCGAAGAUCUAUACCGAAACUCGCCAAUGGGAAUCGCAGCUGGCUCCAACGUUGGUACCGGCCCCGAGACCAUUGCUCGCUACAUCAAAGAGACGAAGGAUGCCCUUUCUGGCACUGGCUUAGAGGGAACCCCUAUCGGUCACGUUGAUACCUGGACUGCUUGGUACAACGGUACCAACCAGGCUGUUAUUGAUGCUUGUGACUGGGUUGGCAUGGACGCUUAUCCUUACUUCCAGGACACGAUGACCAAUGACAUCUCUAAGUCCAAGUCUCUAUUCCAGGAAGCAUUCGACAAGACUCAGCAAGCUGCUGGUGGAAAGACGGUUUGGAUUACCGAGACGGGUCACCCAGUCAGCGGCAAGACUGUUGGGCAAUCUGUUGCCUCGACGGACAACGCUGAGACUUUCUGGAAGGAUGUCGUUUGCCCUCUGCUCUCGAGCAAAACGAACCUGUGGUACUACACUCUACAGGACGCUGCCCCUGAUACUCCCAGCCCCAGCUUUGGUAUCGUCGGUAACAAGCUCACCACCACACCCCUCUUUGACCUAAGCUGCGACAAUUCCAACUCUGGUUCUUCCUCUUCCUCCUCAUCUGCUUCUUCUGCCAGCCCCUCAUCUACCGGUAAGGGUGGCUCAUCCUCGACUGCUUCCGGAUCCGGUGCUUCAACCACUAGCUCUGUUGGAAACUCCGGUGGCAGCCCAGGUGGUGUGCCUAGUGGCCAGAUCUCCAGCGAGGAGUCUGCUACCGUGACGCCUACGGCUAUUAGCCCGAUCUCGACUGGUACAGGCUCCAGCGGCUCUGGUUCAGGUGCUAAUGGCACCUUUACUGCGCCACCCGCCGCCACAUCUACCAUUCCCGCUAGCGGCGCCAAUGGUCUGCAAUCCGGCGCUUUCGCCGCUGCUUUCGGAGCUAUUAUGGCCGCUAUUUAUGCUCUAUAAACGGUGAUAUCGAUGACGACCUACCGAUUUUUUACUUUAGGGCUGGUAUAGUG